CGCGCUGAUUUCAACGAUGAUUGUGAUAAUCGCGGUGAUUUAAGAGGGGAGCGGAAUCGAGAUGAUUUUAACGGCGAUUCCAGUCGAGGUGAUUUUAGUGGUGAUUCUGAUCGAGGUGAUUUUAACGGUGAUUUUGAUCGCCGCAAUUUUACCGCUGGUUGCGAUCGUGGUGAUUUUGAAGAUGUACUGCUUCUGGGCGAUGAAAGCAGCCGUAAUUUUCUAGGCUGA